AGACUAGAUCUAUGUUUUAGAAAUUUAGUCUCGAUCUCUGCUGAGCUGAGAAGGACUUAUCUGUCAUCUUGUAUAUUUGAUACUGCAUGCCGUCGACUUUCAUGUGUCCACAAUAAUCAUGGCAGACAAGAAGACCAGUCUGGAAGUGAUCAAGAGAGAGAUCAAAGAGGAACCUCAGUCAUCAGAGGAACCAUACAAGACCUACAUCGUGAAGGAAGAAGACUUGGAAGAUGACUGGACAGAGAAUGAUGCCAAAGAGGUAUCGGAAGAGCCACAAUCACCAGACACAGCUGAAAAGUGUUUGGUUGAGGAAGACCACUUGAAAGGAGGUCAGCAAGGAGAAGAAAUUCAGAGACGAUUUCAUACUGAUUCCGUGCAGGAAGCAGAUUCAGAAGAUGGUUGGACAGAGGAUGAUGAUGCUAAGGAGAUGGAGGCCCAACAAUCAAAAGAAGCUGACCACCAGACUUUGACAUACUUUAUAAAGGAAGAACCUGUGGAUAGUGACAGUGCAGAUGAUAAUGAAGGGACUGCUCUGCAGGCAACAUCACCGUCAUGUAGCAAACAAGGUGGGGAUUCAAGUUUGCAGAGCUCCUAUCAAAGUAUGAGAAACACUCAGGAAAUGUCAAAUGAUGGACCAUGUGACGGUGCGAGAGGUCCGAGUCUUCCAGAGGAUUUCCCAUUAGAAGCUGGCAGAGAAACUCAAUCUGAUUCAUCUGAAAGAGAGAGUUGCCCAAGUGAGUAUGACUCUUGUCUCAUACCAAGCCAAGUGGCUUAUUUGCAUGAAAAACAAGCAGCUGACGGAGAGACACCGGAUGCUACCACAUCAUAUCAUAAACAUGGAGGAAUGGAUAAAAAUAGGAAUGAAGACAUCACGAUGGAAUUUGAUGAGACGAUCAAUCAGUCUUCCCAGCUUCGUGCAACAGGAAGCGAUCGUAAUGAUCCUAGCUGCAGCCUAGCUAAAGAAAAACCCUUUCUCUGUUGUGUUUGUAGCAAAGGAUUUACCGUCAGGUCUAGUUUGUCUAGACACAUGACAAUCCAUGGAGGAGAAAAGCCCCAUGAGUGUAUGUUUUGCACCAUGAGAUUUAUGUACAUUUACAGUCUAAAGGAACACCUGAGAAUCCAUACGGGAGAAAAGCCUUAUCGGUGUACAGUUUGUGACAAAGGCUUUCGUGCAAGUCGUAAUCUCGCCCUACAUAUGAAAGUUCAUAUGGGAAAAAACAGAUUUUAGUGUAAAUUUUGUAAUAAGAAAUAUACCUGGAGUAAUGGUCUCCAAGAGCACAUGAGAACCCAUACAGGCGAAAAGCCACAUCAGUGUAAGCUUUGUGAUAAGAAAUAUA